CCGAAAAUUUGACGCUGCAUUCUUGUGACCAGCUGUUUUGGAAUGAUAGUUGAUGAGAACCGGCAAGUUUUUGACGAAUGAUAAAAUGGUUUAUCCGAAGAGUCACUUUGACGGUAAUAGUUCAGGUGAAAUAGACGAUGAUGUACCCUACCCCAAUGCAGAGCCAAGAAUCGAUCUCGACUCCGUCGGCGAUGUGUGGUGGAUUUUGUUCAAAGUUCACUGGAUAACGUUUUCAGUAUGUUUUAGUCUUUUAGCAUUGUAUAAUGGCUAUCAGUUGUACAAGACAUUCCGCCUGAAGAGCACGACGAGGAAGAACUACAUCAGUAUUGUACAAGUUCUUGUUAUAUUACUCGGAUUGACCAGAACGCUGUCUUUAAGUAUUUCGCCUUACGAUAUCAUGAGCAACACACCAAAACGCGUUCCGUACAUUGUGCCUCGCUUGCUGUUUGCCCUUGGCUAUCCUUGUCUUUUUUCUGGGUUCACAUUUAUGUACAAGAUUUUUAUGUUACUCAGCAAAGUUCAGGUUAUGAAGAAAAAUCCAAUUGGAAGUAGAGUGGUCACUAUAAUUCUUGUUCUGCAUUUUCUUGCGGUAAUUACCGUCGAAUUUCUCACAAGAUAUGUCAAAGGCGUGGAAGUUUUGGUUUUUGUGCCCUUUAUUACUUUGUUGGAUGUUUAG